AUGGUGGCAAAGUACUGGGAGUACGCGAUCAACAAUGCUAACACUAUAGCCACCAUUCUCAAAGUCCAGAACUGGAUGACCGAAAUGGCUGCGACCAUCCACAACACUCAGUCCAUUCAAGAUACUGCAGUGGGAAGACACGGGCAAAGAUCCGGUUCAUCCGGAGCUCAUCAUCAGCGUCAGUACUCUGAUAACUUCUUGGAGGUGACUUCUUCCUCAUCUAAUGGCCGAUGGCUUCAAUCUGCUGGUCUACAACACCUCCAACAGCCAUCCUCCAACACUUCUUCUCAGGACUUUGGCUACUAUGGUGGUGGUGGAGGAGGCCAAGAGCCGUUGACGCCGCCGGGACGUCAGAAAAAACACGGUGGUGCUGUUGAUGACCCCAAUGGCUUCAGUCCUGGCCUUUUAGAUCUACAUUCCUUCGAUACCGAGCUUAUCUCCGAGGUUCCUGUAGCUCCAAUGUACAACUCUACCCGUGAUAGAAGCUUUGAUGAUGCAGAGCCAUAUUUUGGGAAUAGCAAACAGCCCAGUAAAGCUCGAGGUUUACCUGAUAACAACCUUUUGAAGAAUUUUGCUCCAGAAAAGGAGAAGGCGAGCACUGUUGCAAAGAUCAAAGUUGUGGUGCGCAAGAGACCCUUGAACAAAAAGGAGUUAGCAAAAAAUGAGGAAGAUAUCAUUACCACAGACACCCAUUCAAAUUGCCUUACAGUUCAUGAAACAAAACUCAAGGUUGAUCUGACAGAAUACAUGGAGAAGCAUGAAUUUGUUUUUGAUGCAGUACUAAAUGAAGAAGUUUCUAACGAUGAGGUUUAUCAUGAAACCGUUGAGCCCAUUGUUCCAAUAAUUUUCCAACGUACCAAAGCUACAUGCUUUGCAUAUGGACAAACAGGAAGUGGGAAGACUUUUACAAUGAAACCAUUACCUCUUAAAGCAUCUAGGGAUAUUUUGAGGCUUGUAAACCAUACCUAUCGAAGCCAAGGUUUUCAUUUGUAUUUCAGCUUCUUUGAAAUAUACGGUGGGAAACUCUAUGAUCUCCUCAACGAUAGGAAAAAACUAUGCAUGAGAGAGGAUGGAAAACAGCAAGUAUGCAUUGUGGGAUUGCAAGAAUAUAGAGUUUCAGAUGUGGAAACAAUCAAGGAGCUGAUUGAGAGAGGGAAUGCAACAAGAAGCACUGGCACAACUGGUGCCAAUGAAGAAUCUUCAAGAUCACAUGCCAUUCUUCAACUUGUUAUCAAGAGAUCUGUUGAUGGAAGUGAAUCUAAGCCUCCACGAGUUGUUGGCAAACUCUCCUUCAUAGAUCUUGCUGGAAGUGAACGUGGUGCAGAUACUACAGAUAAUGAUAAGCAGACGAGAAUGGAAGGUGCUGAGAUUAAUAAAAGCUUGCUUGCAUUGAAGGAAUGCAUAAGAGCUCUUGACAAUGAUCAGGGUCAUAUCCCUUUUCGAGGCAGUAAAUUAACUGAAGUUUUAAGAGAUUCAUUUGUUGGAAACUCUCGAACUGUUAUGAUAUCUUGCAUUUCACCAAAUGCUGGAUCAUGUGAACAUACACUCAAUACCCUACGAUAUGCUGACAGGGUGAAAAGCCUGUCGAAAGGGAACAAAAAGGAGACAAUAGCUUCGAGUAUAAACGUGAAAGAAUCGACAACAGUGUCAAUGACAUCUUUACCCCCGGUGUCGUCAUAUGAAGAUGAUGAAGAUGAUUAUGAUACUACUGAAGAGUUGUAUGAAGCAGCAGAACAAGUGCAACAGUCUUCAUGGAAGAAUAAUAACACAAAAGCUGAAGCUUAUAGCAGCUUUGAUAAGAACAGGAGAGUCAAUGGUAUUGGUCAGACAAAAUUAAAGGAGCCACAGCCACCUCCACUCAAAUCUGAAUCAAGAAACUGGAGCCCUGAUGAUGAGUUGAAUGCUCUUUUAAAGGAAGAGGAAGACCUUGUUAAUGCUCACCGGAAACAAGUGGAGGAUACCAUGGAUAUUGUUAGAGUGGAAAUGAACCUAUUGGUAGAGGCGGAUGAACCAGGAAACCAGUUAGAUGGGUAUGUGACGAAAUUGAACACAAUUUUAGCUCAGAAGGCUUCAUCCAUUUUACAAUUACAAAACCGUUUGGCUCAUUUUCAAAGGCGACUUAGGGAGCAUGAUGUUCUAGUCUCUUCUGGAGGUGAUGCCCCUAAAGCCACACCACUUACAGAAAAACCGUAUGGGAUUGCUAACAUUCGUGCUUCAAUCCUAGUCAUCCUUGAUCUAGAACGAAUGAAUUAUGACUCGUGGAGAGAGCUGUUCGAAACUCACUGUUAUUGUUUUGGCAUGGCUAACCAUCUCAAAGAAAAGCCUGAUCCCAAACCAUUCGGCUUGGAAGAAUGGAAACGUAUUGACAACAUUGUUAAGAUGUGGAUCUAUGAUACUCUCUCCCCUUCUUUACUCCAGAUGUCAUCCAAGCGAAAGCCAAAUGCAAUACGAUAUUGA